AUGGCACCUUUACACUCGUUUAGUAUUCUGUCACUCGUUUUCACUACCUUCCUUCCUUCCGUUCUCGCAAAGCCAUGGAUUGUCACCGAGGCCUAUGAAGAGGUCCGUGUGACUGGGUAUGCAUAUGAUGAAUACCAGGAAUCCUAUGUCCCGACGGUGACCACCUCGAUUGAAGAGAUCAGACCGACAGAGUCUCCGUUGCCUGAGGCUGUCUCGACCAUUACCUCUGUUGACGAAUUCUCGUCAGUGACCAUCAUUCAACAAUUGUACCCCACCAACGUGGGCACGCCGGUUCCUUACUACUAUGACUACUAUAACUAUGGUACGGAUGACACCGACCAUACCACUGUCUACGUGAUCAAUAUCACCUACUCAGCGGCAACGGCAUGUUCAACCCAAUGGACCACCACAACCGCGGUGCCUGUGUACCCUCCCGAUGCCAUCGCGAAUCUCCUCCCCACAACCGCAAUGUCGACUUCACUCUCCGUAGACAACUCGAGGCCCUUUGAACCAACAACCUACACUGUGGACUACAUCUGGAUCGAACCAACCCAGAUUCCAUCCUCUUCAUUGAGCUAUCUCAGCUCGGUAUAUGCCCCAAGCACCCAAUACGAUGAUAGCUGCUACUAUUCCACGGGCAACAGCUAUUGCGAAGACUGCAACUAUUACGACUACGACGACUACGAGGGAAACUGGUUCUUCGACCCCUGGUACCUCGGCGGCGGUAUCUCGCCCUUCGCCUUAACGAUGAUCAUCCUCUUCGGCUGGAUAGGCGUUUGGCUAAUCGCCGGCUUCAUCGAAGCCUGGGUCCGUUUCCGCCGUCUUUGCCUCGGCUGGCAAACGCGUCGUGGCAUCCCCCUCUGCUGGGCCUUUACCGCUCUCCCGAUCUCACUGCUGUUGAUCAUAGGCUUCCGCAAAGGUUUCCGAUCUCGCAGCGAGACUGACGCGGCCGAAUUGCGGAAGCAGUGGGAUAGUCUGGGAUUCUGGAAAAAGCUGAAGCUGUUCUUUGUCUGGGGAUUCCGCUUCAAGUACCCGCCUAUGUUGGGUGAAGCGCCGCCUCGUGUGAAGGCUAGUAAGCAGCCUGGUCAGAAAGGUGUUAAACAGCCGCGGGAGUCGCUACUAGGUCCGGAGCCUAUGGCAACAGGAGCUGCGCAGCCGAGGGGUGUGUCUGAAAACACGGAUCCGGAGAUGGGUGAAGUUGAGAACAACUCUCGAUCUUCGGGUCAGGAUGAUCAGCCUACUUCAGGUGCAUUGGAUGGACAUCACGCGGACAUCAGUCGGGCUGAGUAG